GGUUUUGUUCCUGAAAGUGAAAGAAAAUUCGUUGAAACGUUUGUGUGCGGUUGAAAUUUUCUGUCAAUUCUUUUUCGCAGAUUAUUCUGUUAUUCCAGUGUUAUUUUAUCGUUUUCAAUCCUUAGAAGUACAUUAGAACUUAUCAAUAUGUCGGAAAAAGCAACUCAAGCAAAAGGAGCUAAAAAGUCAACAAAACGCAAGCUGACUGAAGAAGUGCCAGAGCGAAAGUCUGCCAGAUUAGCUGGUAAAAAACCAGAAAUCGUUCCCUCUUCUAGCACAACUGCCAAAAAAACCGUUAAAGCUGCUACGAAAAAACGAGGAAAAGCUGCACAAAAGAAAGUCGAAUCCAAGGAAGAGGAAGACGAUGUUUCAGAAAUGGCCGAUCAACCGGAAUUCGAUUGGGAGAAUGCUAAAUCGGUUCAUGAUUUCACCGUACGAGAUAUCAAAGGCGAAGAAGUAAAAUUGGACAAGUACAAGGGCAAUGUAUUGCUGGUUGUAAACGUUGCAUCAAAAUGUGGACUUACUAAAUCCAAUUACGAACAGCUGGUUAAAAUCGACGACCAAUUACGUAGUAGAGGGCUUAGGAUUUUAGCUUUCCCUUGUAAUCAGUUUGGAAAACAGGAACCUGGAGACGCAGAUACCAUUUGCGAGUUUGUCAAGAAGAAGAACGCAACGUUCGAUUUCUUUGAGAAAAUCGAAGUCAACGGUAAAAAUGCCAAUCCUUUGUACAAAUACCUGAAAAAAGAGCAACCUGGUACUUUGGGAAAUCUCAUUAAAUGGAAUUUUACCAAAUUCAUUGUCGACAAAGAAGGUAAACCGGUGGAAAGACAUGCUCCAACAACAUCUCCGGAGUCGCUGAUCCCGAACAUCGAAGCAUAUUUGUAAAAUACAAGGCGAGGUUUUAUGGGAUUCUCUCCGAGUUGACCAAUGACACAUUUUAAUCGCAAUUACUUACGCAUCAGUGUUUUUAAGGGUUUUGUUUUUAUUUUUGCAUAAGUUUUUUUUUGUUUUUGUAUGAAUUUAUGUUGUUCAAAAUAUUAAUAUUCAUCUUAAGUAAUACUUGAUUCAUUAUUGAUUUUACAGUUUGUAAUGCCAUAAGUUUAGAAUUAAUUACAUACGGAUACGUAGGAAUGUAGAAAAUGUAACGAUCACAUCACUUGUUUCGCUCAAAACCUGUUGAUUGAUUGAUUUUGAUUUUCCUUCUAGUAUUAUUUUAUAGAUUUACGUUCAUAUUUUAUUUUUUCCAAGUUUGACUUUUACUGAAAUGUAGUUGAGUACACCUGUGAAAGUACAAUUUGUGAUAAUGCGCUUUUAA